AUGGCCAUGUAUGCCAUUGCCAUUGCCACUAUACCACUAAUUAGAAAACUGAAGGAAAAGUGCCCAGAUGUUAAGCAAGCCUGGUAUGCAGACGAUGCCACCGGAGCCGCCUCAUGUAAUAACCUAAGGUAUUGGUGGAAUGAACUCUCUCGACUAGGGCCCCUCUAUGGCUAUCAUCCCAACCCAGCCAAAACAUACCUGGUUGUAAAAGAAGAGCAUAAGGAGAACGCCACCUCUGCCUUUGCUAACACCGGAGUUCAGAUCACUACAGAAGGCAAGCGCCACCUUGGAACUGCUAUAGGCUCACACAGUUUUACCAAAGAAUAUGUCACUGGAAAAGUUGAGGAAUGGACACAGGAAGUCGAACGCCUCGCUCGGGUUGCAGUAUCACAACCCCAGGCUGCAUAUGCAGCGUUCACACAUGGUCUCACAGGCAGAUGGACUUACCUACUUCGAACAAUCCCAGACAUACACAAUCUCCUCUUCCCUCUAGAAACAGCAAUAAAACAUCUUCUCAUCCCUGCUCUAUCAGGCCUCCCAUCUUGUUCAACGCUAGAAAGAGAUCUACUCGCUCUCCCUGUGAGACAUGGAGGAUUGGGCAUUGUCAACCCUACAACCCUACCCUCACAAUUCUACAAGGCAUCCGAAACAAUAUGUAAACCCCUAGUCUCUCUCAUCGUGUCUCAAGACAUGGAUCAGAAUGCAGACCCGAUGAUAACAGCAACCGCUAAAAGAGAUGUGAGAGCCCUGAACCGUGCGGAACAUGCUCAACAAGCCAAUGAUGUCAAGGACAAGUUACCCAGUGAUCUGAAACGUCACGCAGAUCUGGCAAGUGAAAAAGGAGCCUCAUCAUGGCUAUCGGUUAUACCAGGAGCCCAUAAAGAGAAGGAGCGACUAAAUUCAACGUACACUCGGGGAUCACGUCUCGUAAUUGCCGGUGAAACCGCACUUCUUGGAUUCUAUUCACUGCUGCUCUGA